AUGGAGCAGGAAACGGCAAGAGAGGAGGAAGAGAGAAAAGAAGGCUUGAUAGAGUUCUACGAUUCCUUCAAGGACAUGUUUGAGUUCUUCUGUAAGAACACCACCAUCCACGGCACCAUCCGCCUCGUGUGCUCGGGCAGCAAUAAGAUGAAGACAGCUUUCUGGACACUGCUCUUACUCGCCAGUUUUGGCAUGCUGUACUGGCAGUUCGCACUCAUGUUCAGCCAGUACUGGGCCUACCCCGUUGUCCUGACCAUGUCAAUGCAUUCGGAGGCCAAGAUGUUUCCAGCAAUUACUAUCUGCAAUCUGGACCCGUACAGAUUUGAUCUGGUUAGUGAGCACUUGGUUCAAUUGGAUCGCAUGGCAGAGCAAUCUGUUACCUUUCUAUAUGGCAUCAACACGUCUGCCAGCUUAUUCCACGUCAACGAGAAGAGCAUCCACAUGAGAGACUUGCCAAGCACAGGCAACCACAACAGAUCCAGCUUCAAGCUGAGCCAAAACUUCUCUCUGAUAAGAACAACUGAGCUCAAUAAUAGGACGGGAAAGAGACAGUCUCUCGUGGGCUUCAGACUGUGCAAUGCCACAGGUGGGAAUUGCUUCUACAAGACCUAUUCAUCUGGGAUGGAUGCAAUUCUUGAGUGGUACAGGUUUCACUACAUGAACAUCAUGUCCCAGCAGCCAGUUAUAAUCAACAUUUCUGACCACGAGGAGAAGAUAGAAGACAUGGUCUACUCCUGUCAGUACGACGGGGAGCCCUGCAGGCCCAGUGACUAUGUUCACUUUCACCACCCAGUCUUUGGAAGCUGCUAUACUUUUAACAGCAAGGGAACAGACUCCUUUUGGACAGCAACAAAGCCAGGAAUUCCUUACGGACUUUCCCUUAUCCUGAGAGCGGAGCAGAAGGAUCACAUCCCACUCCUGUCUACAGUAGCUGGUGUGAAAGUGAUGAUACACAACCACAACCAGACACCAUUCCUUGAGCACGAAGGCUUUGACAUCCGACCAGGCAUCGCCACCACCAUCGGCAUCCAGCAGGACAAGGUGAAUCGCCUGGGUGGCAAUUAUGGGAAAUGCACAACGGACGGCAGCGACGUGAAUGUCAAACUCCUCUACAACUCCUACACCCUGCAGGCUUGUCUGCAUUCCUGCUUUCAGCACAUAAUGGUUCGAAAAUGUGGCUGCGGUUAUUACUACUACCCACUGCCUCCUGGUGCUGAGUACUGCAACUACAACAAGCAGCCUGCGUGGGGCCACUGCUUUUACCAGCUGUACAGCAGGCUCAGGAACCACCACCUGAAUUGCUUUGACCAGUGCCCCAAGCCUUGCAGGGAGUCGCUGUACAGGGUGUCUGCUGGGACAGCCAAAUGGCCAUCAGAAAAGUCUCAGGACUGGAUCCGCCAAGCUCUAAGACAUCAGAAUGGAUAUAACUCUACAAGCAACAGGAAGGACAUUGCCAAGGUGACCAUCUACUACAAGCAGCUGAACUACCAGUCACUAAACGAGUCUCCUUUGCUCUCGGAUAAUCUGCUUCUGUCCAGCAUGGGAAGCCAAUGGAGUCUCUGGUUUGGGUCCUCAGUGCUGUCUGUAGUUGAAAUGUUAGAGCUGCUCAUAGAUACGUUGGUGCUGUCUCUCCUCUUCUGCUACCAAAGGUUCAGGUCAAAGACACUAAAAGUAGCUCGCACGCCCUCCAUCCCCAGUGUGAGCCUGACCCUAGAAAGCUACCGUGUAGUGCAGGAGGCUGGAAAAGGCGCUGCUCCUGCCCAUGGCCAUCCUUCAGGAGCACCUAUGGCCGCAGCCAACAGCAGUGACCCACAUCCUGCCCCGCUCUCCAGCAAGGCAAUACCAGAGCGCUGCCCAGAUGUGGUGCUGAAUGGGUUUAGGUACAUGAAGGACAGCACUUCGGGAGGAGAACUAAGUCACUAAGAACGUGUGUGUGGCACAGAGCCAUCAGAAGGGCUGCAUCCUGAGUACAGGCUUCACGCAAUGUCCUUCUGUUCCUAACGAGUACCCAGGGAGGAGAGAACUGUAUGCAGUCCUCCUGGCCUCCUAAAAGCCUACUCACAGCUUUUAACUUCCAAACCCUUGCAAGGAAACCAGCCUGUGGUGUCAGACAGGCCCAUCUGCAUUUCACAGAUAUACUUGAGAGAAAAGUCAGCCUAACACCAAUGGGUGGACGUCCACCGAGGGGAAAGGAGUGCGUGCUCCCCAUGGUCAGAGAUGACAAUUUGCCAUGAGCUGCUCCGAUCGCAGCCCUGUCCUUAGCUUACCUCUGUUGCACAUAGAGGGCCACGCACAGAAUGCUUCAGCCCGGGUUAUUUCAAGUGGGACUCGCUGUCUCAAAGGAGAGGAAUGAGAAGAAAUGGGACCGAGCAAUUUUUCUGCCACAGAAGACGCUUUGGAGUUAUUGAGGUUAAAACAGCGCUGCAUUUUUAGUGCAGCCCAUUUGUAGAGAUGUUUUAAUGUUAAUAUUUGACAGUAACUUAUGUGUACAUAAAAUAACGUAUUUAUUUUUGAUGACAAUGUCGGCAGUGUGAUGACUUUCUGCAGAAGAACUGUGAAGAAAUAGCUGAGCUUUGUUUUCUAACUUAUUUUUGUAAUAAUAAAACGCUCUGAACACGGACCACAGCUGCAAAUUGAGUUUGAUUUUGUCUUGCUUCUGGUUGAUAUUUGGUUUUAUUCCCGUAGAGUCACUGGAAGGGAAACGAAUGGUUCCUUCUAAUUUUGGGCUCUGGAAAAGUCAGACUGGGGCAAGGGAGAACAGGGCAUGGGAUUGCGUUGCCUGGACGUCAGCCUUGGAGCACGAGGGUUGUGGCAACAACUCAGGGCAGGGAUCUGUCAGCAGGGGUGUGUGCUUCGGGCUGUGCACGUGCAGACACAGAGCAAGCGGUGUUGCAAGGCAGGAGGGAGCUGCACACGGUGUGCACGUGGGAAGGAAGGGCGAUGAGCUGUAAGGCUGUAAGCACAGCCAAGGCUGUGGGGUUCACAGUGGGAGGAGAAUCUGCUUCCUGUCUGCUUAUGCUACCCUUAGUAGAACCGAACAAUGGUUCGGAGGUAGCAGAAGCACGAGCAGCAGCCUCCAGCCCGAAGACAGCUUGGAGCAACCUUCUCCGAGGGCGUGGGCCAGUUGUCAGAUUAGCAGCCGCCUCUGUAUUACAGAACAUUCCCAUUGUCUGCUGCAGUUGAGCAAUCAGCCAUACAGAUUCUUCGUUAGGGUCAUCCCUCGGAGCUGUGAUGUCACCCCUGAGCUACCUGCCCUGUUAGGGCCCGGCUCACGGCACGGCUGAAGGCAAAGGGUUCGGCCGCCGCUCUGGGACAGAACCUCCCUCGGCGCAGGAAAGGUUUCAGAGUUACGCUGUAAUUCCAGAGAUAAUUGGGCACCCGCAUCCCCUCUGUGCUGUACGUUCACUGCUCGGUGUUCCAGGACAACUUCUGCCACAGACUGAGCUCGUUUUCACCUGAAGAUGAACCCACGUAGCCAUAGGGGAAGAGAUAAGGGAAGGAUCCCAGGUAUUCAGCUGCAGAGGUGCAGCUGCCUCGAGGCUCUCACAGAUGCCCUGAGCCCUCUGCUUGUCCUGGGGAGCAACCGGGAGGGCAGACCCACAGCUGAGAGCUGCACGGCUGUGGGCACACAGCAUGAGUGCUUAAUAGCUCUGCGAUAUGUGGCAAUGGGAGAUCUGGGUGCAGGAUGCUGAGAGUUCCCGUUGAGCACGGGGGCUCCUUGCACAGGGCAGCCAUCAGCAGAGCUUGUAACAGAGCACAACCGGUCGGGUGCUCUGAAGAGACAUGAGCUGAGGGGUGAUGAGAGCUGACACCUCUAUCCCAUCCUGAAAUCACACUACCACGAGGCAGCGUCACAGAAACCCAACAAAAAAGCAGGCACUGCAGGGUCCUGGCAGGCCAUCAGGGCACACCAAGAAGCAUCUAGGGCAUCCCAAAGCACACUGAUGAGGUCUGGGAGCACGCUGGGAUGCCCUAGAGUACACUGAGGGAUCCUUGGGGGCUUUUAGGGUACCUCAGGGCACACCGAAGAGCACUGGGAGGUCACUGGGGUGCCCCAAAGUGCACUGGGGGGUCCUGGGAUGCCUUGAGGCCGUUCUGGGAUCACACUGAGGAGCUCUGGGAGUACUCUAGGGUGCUCCGGGGUACAACGGGGGCAUCCUGGGAGUGCUCGAGUGCACCCUAGUGAACGCAGACAAGCUCUGGGUGUACGUUGCUGUCCCCUGCCCUUCAUGAGUAGCUCAGGGGGUGCUGUGAGGAUCACUGGAAGCCUCCAGCGUGUCCUGGAGCAACCUGGGGACUUCGGGUCCUUGCAUGCGUGGCCUCAGGUCCUCCCGCCC